UAGAAAUAAUUGUCCCACUGCGCAUGAGCUCAGCCGUGAAGAAGUGGAUUGCACACCGUCCUUAAAACUGAAGGGGAAACCAUUUUCGGACUUUGAUGAUGUCAAGAGAAUCACUGUUUCAUCAAUCGCCAAAAGUCUGACAGGAAAGGGAUUUAUCCUUUGGCUGCAUAAAACCUCGUGAAAAACUUUUCAAAGGCGCACUUUAGUGAGAGUCCACCGGCAGUUGCACUGAAUGAAAAUUGAUAAGAUGGUUCUCUACUAAAAAGGAAUGAAUAUAAAUUCUAGAAAGGGAACCCGUGUCUAAAACUUUUUGAAGCCAAUAGUUCGAUCGGUUGAUGUGUGAGAUAUCUUUAUUGAAUCGCAAUCGCCAGUUAAUCAAUCCUCCAGCCUUGCCCAACGUCUCAGCGAAUCCGUAAAAGUAGACGGACCGAAAUCCUGCAACAAGCACAAACAUGAAUCCGACAGUAAGCUCUCUACUUUCGUUAGCACUUCUUCUCUUUAUAGCCGUCCAGAUAUCAACAGCAUUAAGUAUUUCAGACGAAACACAAGGAGGUUCAGCAUGGGCCUUGGAUGAUGAAGAGCAACCAGCCGAUUACAGGAGCGUUUUGAAACUGGUCAAAUACGAGAUAUUGAUUAAAAUGAUGAACGAUUUAUGCGACGAGCUUGAUAUGUGCCAACCCAGCCAGGUGCCUGCCCGACAACCCUCCAUCGUCCGAAGAGGGGAAAACAACGAAAGAAGGAGAGGUGGAUCGCACUUAUUCUGGAGAACUGCCUUAUUGAAGAAUCCGGCACUGAAGACCGCAAAUUGAUACCCAAAACACAUCCUGAAAAAAGAAACUGUGUGCGAUUUAAAUCAAAAGUAAGGGGCGGGGUAUAACGAGUAUCUUAAUCCAUUUCAAAUGUUGACCAUAAAAUAGGCUGCUGAUAA